AUGACUUACAUUUCAGAGCCAAGGUUCCAGAACAUUGUCCCAAACACGAAGGUUAUAAGUGUUGUACAGAGAAAUCUCACAGCGUUGUAUGGCAAAUUCCUCCAGUUAGGAGAGGUCGCUAAUGAUCGCACUGGGCAGUCUGUCAACAUAAAUGUAUCACUUUGGGGUUACAGGAAAUUACAUAUCUGGAGGCAAUAA